AUGGAAUAUCAGGUGCAAUCACAUAGGGGCAGAUAUGUUGUAGAUAUGAGGAAUAGAACAUGUGCUUGUGGUAGUUGGCAGCUCAAUGGCAUCCCUUGUCAACAUGCAAUUGCAUGCAUGAAAAUGAACAACGAUCAUCCGGAGCGGUAUAUGGAUGAUUGUUACCGUGUCGACACAUGCAAGAAAGCAUACUCUUUUGUUGUCCGCCCUCUCAAUGAUUCCAGUCAAUGGAUUCAUGAUGACUGCAUUGAGCUUGAAUCGCCUAUAUUUCAACAGAAGAAGAGGGGUCCUAUACAGAAGAAGAGGCGUAAGGAAGCAUGGGAGUUGGAGAAAUCAAAGAAAGAUAAGCGUGAAAGAUCAUACACAGUUAUGUCCAAAGGUGGAAGCGAGAUGACGUGCACAGUAUGCCACGAGAGAGGACACAAUAGCUGA